AUGAGCGAUCGAUCGCCUAGCUCUGAGCCCAAAAGACGCCGAACCCUCAGCAUCAUUGAGGAAGCCCGUGUGGAGCCCAGUGGUAGUUCCAGCGACCCGCGGCCCACCGCCGAUCGGGUGCCGAUGCUUUUCGAAACAGAUGCACGGAAUCAUGACUUACUUGGAGCGUCUCUCACGAGCUCCGAGCGCACGUCUGAGACGGCAUCUGCAAGCGACCCAGUGGCAACGUCCCGUGAACACUCCCCGGCAACCCGUGCAUCGUCUGUUCCUGCCCCCAUGGAGAUAGAUUCUGAAGAAGAAGCUUUCCACGACGAAAUCAUGUCUGAUACAACAGAUGAGUCGGAUGACGACUACAUGUACGGAGACGAAGUCAAAUCAAAUGAAUCCGAGCCCGACCCCUUCGAUUUGGCCAAAGAGCAGACGUCGGUGACCCCGUCCGGAGUGGACGCCUGGGUCAAGUCCGUGGCGAGCGACACCACCGGCAGCAACACGCCUGCAGGAAAUAGCAGUGGAAAUUUCCAGUGCGCGGGGCUCUCGAGCGGCUCCGGUGCUGGCGGAGCCGACAACGGAAAACGGCGCCAUGGGAACACAUUUAUGCCCACCAUGUGCAUGAGCGCUGCCCGCGGUGUUUUGAAACUUUCAAAUUCGCAGAGGAGUUAG